AUGUCAUUUGUAUCUUGCCUCGGUGUGACCAGACGGCUGGGAGUGGUCAACCCCUUACCAUUUGUGACCGUCAUCUUCGGUCAUCUAUGUUACUCCCCAUUGAAUACCUUUACGCAAAGCGUUGAUAUCAAGUGGCCGGGAAUCAGCGAAGGGAAACGCUACAGCGGUAACAAUUUGGCGAGAAAUGAUCUAUCCUGGGUAACGCCAGCGCGGCUCUACGACUGGCGCUACCGAGCCCUGCAUGGCUCAGUCGUAGUCGGCAAGCUGCUCGUCGCCCGGGUUGAGAGAGAUCCAGUACGACGUCAGCAGCUUCGAUGGCGCUCUAAUCAGAGCCCCCGCCUAGAACAUCUUGCACCUCAUACCAUGGAUCUCAAGAUCGCUGCCCAGCAACUGAUCACCGCUGCAAACGGCAGGCUACGCGCUACGCACCAAUCCGACCAAUACCGCUUCGACAUGUCCAAGAUCAUCUGCUCCUGCCCCUCCCGCUGCCUCACCCGCACGCAAGCCGACACCGCCGGCAAAAUAUUGGGCGACUACAUUGUCAAAAGCGAUGGUCAAACCGGACGGUUUACAACGGCUUCACCCUCAGCUAACUCUGAAGAACAUCGGGUUGUCUACUUCGACCCUGACGCCUCCCUCGCCGAGUACGAAUUCAGCUACGAGCGUUAUUUCCUCGACAACUUCACUCGUGCUGGACUCAGAACAGACAAACCCGGGCCAAGCUACCGCCAAACACUUCGAUGCCCUUUCCUUUCACCGAAAUCACGGUGGGGAAAAUCACCAUAUACGAUGGCCUCGCCGACGGCUUGA